ACCACUAACUGUAUGUUUUCCAGGACUGCCGUUCGACUGCCCCUGUUAAUACUGGCACGUACUCAAUAACUAGGGCUCCCUCAGACACACACACAGCUGUAUGAAGGUGCAAAUCAAGACCCUGGAAGCUAAUUCAGAUUUCACAGCCACACAGAGUAAAAGUCUUACACAGAACUUUGAGUCAAUGAGAUCCGAUAACGCCUUGAUCUCCGGAGGUUUGCACCUGCAGACACAGAAGGCCUUCUAUCCCACAGAGCCCUGGAAGAGAGUUUUGUUCAGAUCCUUCUUCUUCCCCAGCUCCAGCUAUGUACUCUGCAGGCUUGGAGAUACUUGGGAUGAUCCUGGCUGUGGCCGGUUGGCUGGGGGUGAUGGUGACUUGCGGCCUGCCCAUGUGGCGGGUGGCUGCCUACAUCGGUCAGAACAUUGUCAUCUCCCAGAUAAUCUGGGAAGGCUUGUGGAUGAACUGUUCGGUGCAGAGCACAGGCCAGAUGCACUGCAAAGUACAUGAAUCCAUGCUGGGGCUGCCAGCAGACUUGCAGGCAGCCCGUGCCUUGGUCAUUGUCUCUAUGGUGCUGAGUAUUGUGGGCAUUGGUCUGUCAGUGGCAGGGGCCAAGUGCACCAACUGUAGCAGGGAUGUCAGCAGUAAACCACGGCUUGUAGUGGCAGCUGGAGUAACCUUUGUGGUGGCUGGACUCCUGCUACUGGUGGCUGUGUCCUGGACAGCCCACACCAUCGUCCUGGACUUCUACGACCCACUGCUGGAGCAGACAGGGAAGAGGGAGUUUGGUAAUGCUCUGUACUUUGGCUGGGCUGCCUCCUGCCUGCUCAUUUCAGGGGGGGGGCUGCUCUGUUGCUCCUGCCCACCCAGAAAAGCUACAGCAUCGAGUGGUGGUGGUGGCUCUGUGCCUCCCCAGGGGGCCUACACAGCUGCCAAAAUCAUGUCAGUCAAUGGAUAUACCAGAAGAGACUAUGUAUGAAAAAGUGACGUGAGUGCAGAUGACAAUACAGUAACAAUCCUUAUUAAGUUUGUAGAAAGUAGAUGGAUGUUUGGUGGUAUAGAUGCUAGUGCAGCAUAUUGGGCUUAAGCAUUAAAUCUCAAUGUUUGAUUGUGUGUUUUCAUUAUAACCAAUAUUCUGUAGUGGUGUACAUCUAAUGUUACUCUGUCUCAUUUCAAGUAUUAUUACAUUUUACUUAUACCCAGUGAUUAAAAAAACAUCAAGAUGUG